UAUUUUGCGGUGUGUGGUGCUGGUGCAGGUCAGCUGAGAGCGGGGGGAGGAAGAGGAAGAAAGAUGGAAGGGAAUAGAGAUGAAGCCGAAAAAUGCAUAAAUAUAGCGACUAAAGCGCUAGAAGCAGGAGAUAAGGACAAAGCGUUGAAAUUCUUAAAUAAGGCAGAAAAGCUUUAUCCAACCUCCAAAGCUAAAGCCCUGCUGGAUGCCUUGUUGAGGAACGGGAGCUCUGCGGGUAGCGGUGCGUACUGCCGGAGGCCCCCAGACAGCACGGCGGAGGCCAGGGCGGAGGCUGGGGCGGAGGCCAGGGCAGGGGAGGCCAUCGCCAAGAGCUUCACCAAGGAGCAGGUGGAGGGGGUGCAGAGGAUCAAGCGUUGUAAGGACUACUACGAGGUGUUGGGUGCCUCUAAGGAGGCCAACGAGGAGGAGCUGAAGAAGGCCUACAGGAAACUCGCUCUGAAGUUCCACCCCGACAAGAACCAUGCUCCAGGAGCAACAGAGGCCUUCAAGAAGAUUGGAAAUGCUUACGCAGUGCUUAGCAACCCGGACAAGAGGAAGAAGUAUGACCUCACCGGGGGGGAGGAGCCUAGCGGCCCAGGCCACGCCCACGGAGGUGGAGGGUUCGAUUUCCACCGGGGUUUCGAGGCCGACAUCACGCCUGAAGACCUGUUCAACAUGUUCUUCGGAGGUGGCUUCCCCUCCUCGAGCACACACACGUUCAGUAGUGGCCGGGCGCGCUACAGCCAGCCGGCCGACCAGAGACGGGACCGGGCGGAGGAGCGGGCAGACGGGGGGUUCUCCAUGUUCAUCCAGCUGAUGCCCAUCGUGGUGCUCAUUCUGGUGUCCAUCCUCAGUCAGCUGAUGGUGUCCACGCCCCCCUAUAGCCUCUACUCCAGACCGUCGACAGGGCAGACCAUAAAGCGUCAGACAGAGAACCUGCAUGUGGACUACUUUGUGGCGCGGGACUUCAAGUCUGAGUUCAGGGGCUCAGCGCUGCAGAAGAUAGAGAAGAGCGUGGAGGAGGACUACGUGUCCAACGUCAGGAACAACUGCUGGAAGGAGAGGCAGACGAGUACGUGGGGAACCUGGGGAACCGGCGGGAAGCAUAAACGGACUUGCUGUAUGCUGCUAAGGUCUACAGAGAUGACCGUCUGCGGAAGAAGGCGGAUCUCAUGACCAUGGAGAACUGCCGGGAGCUGGACCGACUCAACGACCUGUUCAGGGGGGGCUGAGCCCUCCUCCCCAACACUCGGACGCUUUUAGAUUCUAUAUAUAUAGAUAAAAUAUAUAUAGAUAUGUAUGUAUGUAAAAUGUUUUUUUAAGGAAAAGUACGCAGAAGAUAGGAGCACGAUGAAAAGGAAGAAGAAAAAAAACAAAACGUACAAAAAAAUCGACACAAAAACUAAACCUAUAAAAGAUGAAACCUAGCCUGACUUUGGGAGUUAAGUUGUCCCCCUCUCCCCCUCUCUUCUUUUCAUUCUUGCUGGUGCCCACUCCUUUUCUUCUGUCCCCCCCUCCAUCUUCUCCCCCCUCCAUCUUCUCCCCCCUCCAUCUUCUCCCCCUCCAUCUU